UACCGGGCUACUAGUAGCAAAGACCACAAAGAAACCCCCCAAAACAAAGAUGGCUGAUGCAGUGAAAGGAGUGUAUGACCUUGUUAACAGUGAGAAGAAGAAGGAAAGCUCUUCCAUUGAACCAAAGGAGUUUUUUUGGGACCAAUUCAUCAAGUACAUUGCCUCAGCUAUUCUUGCACUGUCUGUGCUCAAUGUGACUGUGGAGUUUCUGAGGGGAGGGGGUGUGUCCUGCUUCCCACCCUCUGAUAAUGUGGGCAUCACAGCUCAGGACUUGGAGGGGAGGAUGCUCUAUGAGUUUGGCCGAGGGCAGACCAGCUACAUCAACAACUACUGUGCAAGGAACGUUCCAAAUACAGAAUAUUUCCCGAUAUACAUUCUCAUUCAUGGCCUUCUCCUCAUCGUUCCACACUACAUAUGGAAUGCUCUUCACAAUGGAGAUUUUGACAGCUUCUUCUUGAUUGUAGAUAAACUGGACCGUCUACGAGAUAGCACCACUGGGGAAUAUGACACCAAUAACUUUGAUCGAGUGACAAAGCUGGAGCAAGAAUAUAGUGGACGGAACAUUUACUACAGUUAUAUCCUUAAACUGGUAUUACAACUGUUAAUAGUCUGUGGGUCAGUGAUGCUCAGUGCACUUUACUUCAAAAACUUUUCCUUUAUAUUCUUCUGUCCUGGAGACAGUGUUGAUGAUUUCACAUGCCCUGAGGAGCACUCUAAUAUAGGCACUCCUUGUGGUUGGCCCUUGAACGUCACUGUUCCCUGUGUCUACACAAGUCUACGGGUGUUGAAUCUGGUACGCUAUGCUGAUUUCUUCCUCCUUGCGAUUGCAGCUGGACUGGUUCUGUACGGCCUCGGAUGGUGCGUAGUACGGCAUACCGAACAGCUAGGAUUUUUUGAACUUGCAAAAUUCUCUUUUCAAAGUUGCCUAAAGCCUGAUCAUUUCGUGUUCCCACCCGUGGUAUCAUGGCCCACCUACCCUUGUUUUACCACUAAGAAAAAUGACCCCGAGUGGGCUCUUUGGAUAGAACGCUUGUGGCCAGUCACACAUUACCCUCAAUUCCAUGUGAAGCAAAUCUUCUCACCGGGAAUCCUUCAUGACCUUGACUUCCUACUACUGAUGCUGUUUAGAGCCGAUACAAGCCAUGGACAAGUCUUCAAAGACUUACAGACUAUUAAAGAGCUGAAGGGAAUUGUUGGAAGAGAUCAUCAGCUUCUCCAUCUUUUCAUCAACACUCAGCAAGAUUUGUCAAAGUCUAGCCCAUCAAAUGAUUUCUAUAACAAAUUUAAAAAAAGCAAGCCCCAAGAAGAUUCGCCUGGCUGCUGUAGCUGUUUUACAAGAUUGUUCCGCGGGAGAAACAGAAACAGAGGUAUAGACUGUUCUACGAGAGCACUGUGUCCCAGUCUUUGUUUUUAUGUACAUGUAGAUGGAACCACGAGCACAUUGGAAGAAGAACCUGGCAGUACGUCUGGUCAGAGCAAUCAUUCCUCACAACAAACUCUUCCAGGGAGCAGUCAGCAAGACGAGGAGCAAACGGCAACCAAUGGGAAAAAUAAACAACCUCAAUUCGAACUUCAGGCCGUAAAGGAAAGAAAAUCUCUCCACAAAAUCUUCCUUCAGUCUGAUUUUAAUGUCGGUGCUGAAUGGAUGGCUUACCAGCACUACAAGCCUCACCUUGGGUGCAUAGAGUACUUGGGGGAGUACAUGAAAGGCAUUCGAGAUGUUCUGUUUUGGUUUGCUGCCAAUUUUGUGCCAGAGUAUCAGUUUCCUGGUUCAGAAAAGACAGAAAAAAGAAAUUAUUUUGCCAUGGAUAUCUCAUUUGGCUCCAUCGGGUAUUCAUUGAUUUUGGCCAGACCCUUUGUUAAGGUUAUGUCAGUCAACCUUCAGCCCCACUAUCAAAACACAAGUGAUAUGCCGGGAAUAUUCAGCCAGUUUCACACAAACUAUGCGACGUUCAAGUUCCCGAGCAGCCUAUAUUCUCAGUCCUCGGAAAGUGUGACUGGAGCUCAAACAAUGUUACUACAGUGGAUUGAUGAAUUGCCAAAGGGACCCAAAACUCCAAUACACACGCUAGAUUUUAUUGUGGUGGGCCCCAUUACAGAAGAGUCAAAACUAGUCAGUGUCCAUUUGCUGCUCAAUAUGCUCAGUAACCGAAAACACAUUACGAAAGAGGGUAUUCUAUUGGCCAUCCGACCUCUCAAGAUUGGAAUGAAGAAAGUUCAUCGGCGAUUUUUCAAAUACGAACCUUCUCAGUCAAUGUUUAAGCUGCUUGAAUAUUACAAGGAACUUAAAGAUGCAUCAUUCAAGCACACUGUGGACGGGCUCCCUGGCAUCAAAGUGCCCUGUGGUUCAACUCCUUGUGUAUUUGAGAUGAUUGCCUACCAGUAUAUCAGUAACAAGGAAGAUCAAGAAGACGACAAGAGCAUACUGUUUAGCCCUGUGCAAAGAUCUCAUGCAACUGAUCAAGCUUCUGGUGAUACUCAGCAAGCAAUUGUUGAGGAAAGCGAGCAAAUUACUGUUAUGACUCCUGAUUCUGGGGUCCCAACAAGUCCUAGAUCCAUUUUCCCAGUCACCGAGUCGAGGCCUAGAGUUGAUAAUGAUAAGAAUAAGAAGGCAAAAAGCACUGCUGUAUAAAACUAAUUAACUCCUUUAGUUCACAGCCAUGCCAUACAUUUCUACAUUUGUACAUAAUUAUACAGUUUGGCUUCAUAAUAAUUUUUGUGUGUAAAACUUUUACAAGAAAUACCAUAGGUGGUCAUGUGAUUUGAAGAUUGAUGAUCAGAAAAAUAA